UCUUAAUUAGCUUUUCUCCCAGUAAUUUUUUCUCCCACCUCCCUCUCUCUCAUAUAAACCCCCACUGCAGAUACGAACAGACGCACACACACCACCGCACCGCAAGCCCAAGGCGGAGCAGCAGCGAGAGCUAGCUUGCAGCAGCAAAGCCAUACUCUGAUACAUACUCCUUCCUCCUCGUGCACCCACCACUGCACGCAGCCAUGGCGCCCGCUCGGGAGCUCCAAGAAACCUCCUCGUCUUCCUCGUCGUCGACGUCGUCGUAUACGACCAGCUCCACGUCCAUGUCGUGCUCGUCCACCGUCACGGACUCUUCGUCUUGUCCCUCCUCGCCGGCCAAUGCUGCCGCGGCAAAGGCGCCGCGCAAGCGGCAGCUGGACGAGGAAGAAGGUGGGCAGGAGGAGGGGAAGACGACGACGACGACGACGACCAAGAAGAAGAGCAAGCGGAGCAGCGACGGGAAGCACCCGGUGUACCGCGGCGUGCGGAUGCGGGCGUGGGGCAAGUGGGUGUCGGAGAUCCGCGAGCCGCGCAAGAAGUCGCGCAUCUGGCUCGGCACCUUCCCCACCGCCGAGAUGGCCGCGCGCGCGCACGACGUCGCCGCGCUCGCCAUCAAGGGCGCCCGCUCCGCGCACCUCAACUUCCCGGAGCUCGCCGACGUCCUCCCGCGCGCCGCCUCGCCGGCGCCCAAGGACGUGCAGGCCGCCGCCGCAUUGGCCGCCGCGUUCACGUCUUCUUCGCCGCCCUUGUCCACCGAUCAGUCGGAGGAGGAGGAGGGCCUUAUCCAAGAGGAGAUCGUCAAGAACAACGAAGCCAGCGCGGGCGCUACCGCACAGACGGAGUCUGCUGGCACGCCGACGAGCGGCGGCGCCGCUGAGCAGGCCGACGAGGAAGAGCUGCAGCUGUUCGACCUGCCGGACCUGCUCAUGGACAUCGAGGACGGGUUCGGGUUCUCCACCAUGUGGGCUCCGCUCCCCGACGUCGAGGAGGUCAAUGCAGACCUCCGGCUCGAGGAGCCACUCCUUUGGGAGUAGCAGAUGCUUGCGAAGACUAGAUGAUCAUCAAUAUACUAGGAGUACUUAAUUGCUAGUGUAAUCUCUUCUUUGCCUUUUUUCUCCUCCUUUUUUUACUACUAGUGUUUUUUUAGUUUGCCUUUUCUUUUUCUUUUACUUUGUUGGUUUAAUAAGCACAAGGGAGUACGUAGUGAUAUAUACAUAUGCAAAAGAAAGUUUGCUGCUA